UAGGGUGCUGAGGGCGGCGCGCGCGCGGAGCGGGGCCAGUGCGCGUGCGCAGCCGCUCGCCCGGGGGAGGCGGGGCAGAGGAGCGGACACGCGCAUGCGCGCGCCCCGGGGCGGUCGCGGGCGGAGGGGGCGGCUCCUCGAGUGUCGGCGACCCGAAGGCCGAGCGGCAGGCAGGCGGGCGGCAGGUGCCGCGGCCGGGCGCCGCUGCCUCGUCGCGCGUCCCCGCGAUGAGCCUCGUUUCGCGGCCUGCCCCUGCCGGCUGCUGGUCCGCGCGGGCCUCACGGCGUGACCUGGGCCUCGUGGCGUGGCGGGCCCCCGCGGCGCGACGCGGGCCCUGAGCGGGAGCGGCGGUCCCUCCCGCUGCCCAGGCCUCGCCCGCCAGCGCUCCUCGAUGUCUCCCCGGCGGGGAGGACGCUGCCUGCGACACCCGCCGAGCGGCGCCCCCCGGAGCGCCCCGCUGCCGCCCCGCGGGGACGAUGAGGGCGGAGGGCGCCGACCACUCGAUGAUCAACCUGUCGGUGCAGCAGGUCCUGAGCCUCUGGGCCCAUGGCACGGUGCUGAGGAACCUCACGGAGAUGUGGUACUGGAUCUUCCUCUGGGCUCUCUUCUCCUCUCUGUUUGUCCACGGUGCUGCAGGCGUGCUGAUGUUUGUGAUGCUGCAGAGGCACAGGCAGGGCAGAGUGAUCUCCAUCAUUGCUGUCAGCAUCGGGUUUCUGGCUUCUGUAACUGGAGCAAUGAUUACUAGUGCAGCAGUGGCCGGCAUCUACAGAGUGGCUGGGAAGAACAUGGCCCCCCUGGAAGCCCUGGUGUGGGGCGUGGGGCAGACUGUACUGACACUUAUCAUCUCCUUUUCAAGGAUCCUCGCCACACUUUGAGUUCUGAGGGAAUGUCUUCUUCACUAAGGAAAUGGGUGUACAGAUUCCCCGGAGAGGUAUUGUUAACCAGCUGAAAUGAAGUGCUACAAGCAGGGACCCAGCAAGUUAAAGCCUCAGAAGACCGUGAGCCGUGUCGAAAGCCUGCCCUCUGGCGUCCAAGCGAUUGCACUACCGCACUGCACCUUAUGUGCCUCCAUCCCAGGCAAGGUGCACAAGACAGUAUGUGAAGCUGCAAGAAAAAGCACCUUGUUUAGCUGCCAAUCAGGUUAACAUUGGUGUUGAAAUCAUCGUUCUCAACAGUGUUGUGUUAAGUUACAGGAACGUUUUUGAGAAAUUGAUCUAUGUGCCAAACUUUCCUUUCUGUUAACAUUGAUCAUGUGACAGUUUGCAAGUGUAAACGUAGGUGAGUGCUGUGAAUAUCCUUGACAUGGAUUCAGGUAAUGUAGCCAGGCUUUGCUUUGUCAUGUUAACUCCCACAUGAAUGUUGGAUAGUGGCUUUCAGUACUAAGGAAGGUGUUCGGUUCAUAAAGCUGAGUGUUUCUGGGACUUGGGGCUUUAAUAUGUCUCUUGUGUUAUUGUUCUAUUUAUGUGAAAACCACUAGCCUCCUAGUGAGCUAGCUGAGCUGUUCUACAGACUCAUAGGCUUGUAGGGUGCAUACUUUUCAGUAACCUACACCUUUCAUGGUUCCCUCAUAUGUCAUCUUCUAUUUAUAUGGGUCAAACCUUUAUGAGUCAGACACAUUGUCACUUGUGUGUCAUAAAAAUAUAAUUUACAUUUUUCUUAUAAAUUUUGUAAGGAAAAGUCUGAAAUGCAUGUUGCAUUCUUCAAACUUUCUAAAGGUUUUUGCCUCCCACCUCACAAAACCUUCUAAUUCAUUGCAGUGCGAUUGUGUGUACUGUGUAUGUGUCUUGGAUGUCUUGGGUUCUGGAGUACUAACUGCUUUGAGAGUGGCCUAAAUUAGGCUCUGGGAUUAAGAAUGCUUCAUUUAUAGAAAAAUAAGAAGUACCUUGCAUAGGAAAAGCAGUAAACUGUGUCCCUCUGUGUAUGUGGCAGGGUAAGAAUUACCCUUGGGAAGUCUGGGGAACUGAGUGGAUCAUUUUCAAGUUGGCAGUUAGUCUGAGUAUAUCAAGACAGCACAGAACCUUUAUCUAAGGGGGAUAUUAGUAGUAUGAUAUAAGUUUGCAUUUCUAAGUUAUUACCUGAGUGGAAUAGAGUCUCAGGUCACAUUCAUUAACAGUGGAAGUGUACUUUGUUUAUAAAACCUUUUAGGAGGUUUAGAAAAACACGCAGUUGUUUAUUACAAAUGCAAGAAGUUGGGAAAGUGCAGACCUUGGUUGAAUUGAGUGUAUGUGUGUGUUAACCAGUUGUAAUUACAAAUGUGCUAACUUAAGAGAAGACCCAUUGUAGAAAUUAUAAAUUUAUAGGUAAUCUAAAUAGCAUAGCACCUUGAGCUCCUUAACUUAAUUUGGUUGAAGGCUUUUAUUAUCCAUACUCCCUUUUCUCUAACAAAAGAAUAUAUUGUCAGUUUUUGGAGGAGCUGCUUUUGCCAGUGCAUCAGCCAACUUAGACUUACUAAUAAUGUGGCUUGGAAAUUUAACAACCCAGAAAUCAACCAAUAAGCAGCGUUAGAGAUGUCAGAAAGCAGGUCUGAAAUUGACCCCUUCUGUUGUGUCCAGGCCUACUGUUCUUCCCUGGCUUCCUUUGUAUUCUUGCUCUUUUCUAAACUUAAACGUAAGCAUUUUUUCCACAUAACCCUGGUUCUCCUCUCCUGUUUGGCUGGCUUUGCUCUUGUCAGCAACUCAGAGCUUUGUGGGCCAGCGUGAGACUCAACUGUCACUGACAUUGUACAGAACAAAUACUUAUUUUAACAUGGUUAUUUUAUCUAAGAAAGUUAUCAUGUUAAAGUAAUACAGAGCCCAUUGUUCAAAUCUAAAACUAACUAAAAAUUAACUUGACACCUUGAAUAUGUGAAUGAAUGGACCAAAGAGAUUUGAGCUUGUUUAGUGCUCUAGGAUGAAAAUCUAAGAGGGUUAAUUACCACUUUCUGGACUGUCCUGCAGUCAUCUCAUUGUCAAGCUGAUUUGCAUUAAGGAUUGUGUUUGUGUGGUGCACUUUUAAUUUGAGGGGCAUUUUUAGUUUCUUCAGUUAUUCCCAUUGGGAUUUUGUAUAACUAUCAUUCUUGGUAUUUUGAAAUGCAGUUGAGUAGUGUGGAUUUAUGAAACUAUCUAUCUAUUUAUAUGGGGAAGUUUUCAAGAAGCUGUUUCUUAUAGAGACAAAGUGUUUAAGGAAAUACAUAUAUUCACAUAAGUAUAUCAUUAUAUAUACAUAUAUAGGUAGCUAUAUAUGAAUACAGUCCAAUUGGAAAGCUUUGUUUGAUGAACAUUUUCCUGUUCUUCUGGAGAAGUUGGUAUAUUUGUUCAAUUAAAUGAUCUUUUAAAUAUUUAAGGUUUUGCUGGAGACCCUUGAUUUGGACCUGACAGAAGCCCUCACUGACAUAGUUAGUUCCAUUUUCUUAAAAACUCAGCCAUGAAUUAGCAGUACAUUUUCUUCUUUAGCACCACAGCCUCAUGGGAGCUAAGAGGGGAGCCUGAUAACUUUCCUGGGAAGGGGGUGCAGGACAUGGGCCCUGAUACAGUUCCAUUGGCCUCUCAGGAGACAUGGUUAACGUAAAUCCUCAUGUAUAUCAUCCAGUGUUAAAGUCUUACCUAGGACCUUUCUUCCUAUUUGUAACACAGCAUUCCAUGGCUCCUUUUCUAAGCCUUCAGGGGAUCUUUUGUGAAAGAAAGGAAAUAAGGUGUAUUGUGAAGAACAAAGAUAAUAAAGAUCAGAGAAUGCUGUAGGAAACAGUGCUUCAAGACCUUCCAUUUGCAACUCGGAAGGCUGGGUGCCUUCUUUGAGAGGCCAAGGCUGGUACUCACUAUGCAGCUCAGUUUGCUGAGUUCUGUUGUAUAGAUCCUAUGUACAAGGAUGGCUGAAAUAGGAUUCCCUGAGUCUACCAGGAACUUACAAACAAUUUCAAACCCUAAAAAGGUUGGAAUAGUACCUUACUGCUUCCUGACUACUCAUCCUUUCUCCCUCCUGAGACCUCAUUUUUCUUUUUCCAUCUCAGCCUCUGAGUUGGACAUUUCAGUGUCUUAGAUGUUGCUCUGAACUAGGGGACAAGGACUAGACUUUAAGCGAGUGGGACAGGCUGGCGUCCAUGCUCUGUCACUUUGUUCACUUUGAGCAUCAUUUAACCAUUCUCAGCUUCAGGUCUCACUUUGAAUUGAUAAAUACCUCCUGUGGGUAAACAGUAUGUAUCUGACAGUAAGUCAGUAGAAUUCUAAAGUUAUAUUUUGCCAUACCCAUUGGGAUGGGAUUUUGUGAAAUUCACCUUCAUCCAUUUCUAAUUUUUUUCUGCAUGUUUUAAGAAAAAAGACUUUCAUAUAAUUUUACUUUCAUUACCUCCUCUUUGCCCCUUUAAAGUCAACAGAUAACUUUUCUAAGAAGCCUUUGGAGAGUUGAUGGUGGUGAGCAUGGUGGGUAAAUAGGAAUACAUUACAGGUUCUAGUCACCACUGGUUAAUGUAGAAAGAGUUGGAUAUGGCUAGCAUUUCCUCCUUGACUUUUGGCUUGACUCAGAAUAUCCAUUGACUUGGUUCCGUAUGCAAAGUACUGCCCUUGUACUAGCUCCUGCCCCUCCUGGUUAUCUGUCAUCUGUCACUGUGAGCAUGGCUCUGGCUUCUGUCUGUCUGUCUGUCUGUCUGUCUCUCCCUCCCUUCCUUCCCUCCCUUCUUCCCUCUCUCUCUAUCUCUCUCUCUUCCUCUCUCUCUCCCUUUCUUCCUCUCUCUCUCCCUCUCUUAUUUAACUAAAAAAAAUACUACUAUUGUAAAUUUGGGUAAUGAGGCUAAAAGCUCUUUCUGAAGUGUCUGCAGACAACAUUGCUCUUGCCAUUGAAAACAUUUUUCAUUUUUUAAGACUAUCUCAAAGCAACCUUUGGAAACAUCCCUAUUUAAUCUGUUUAAAAGACAUAAAGAAUAUGGAAACAUCACUGAGGAAUUUCUGACAAUGGCUUUAGAUUACAGAGAAGUAUGGUAACAUAGGUUGAGUAGGAUUGGCUAGAUUACUGUUUGUUUUUAAAAUCAGGGGCUAUAUUCUCAGUCGUUAGACUUGACAGUCAUCCAGUAGUCUCCUAAUUAUCCAUAAUUUCUCACCCUUUGAAACUGUUCAGGAUAUAAAGGACAUUAUUCGAUUUUUAAAAUCUAAUGUUUCUUAAAUGUGCAAUACCAUUUCUAACAGAGGGAAAUUCAAAGGGGGGGAAAUUGUUACAGAGGCUAAUACACAAAAACAUGAGCAUAUGAAAAAAAUUCACUGUUAUGCAAGCAUAGUUCCUCCAUCCUGUUAAGACUGUAAACCACCAUGGAAAGAGAAGUUUGCUCUAGUGAGUGUGGGCUCUAGUGAGUGUGGGCUCUAGUGAGUGUGGGCUCUACAAAACACAGGUGCUCACAGCAUAUUGUGUGUGUGGCGAGGGGGGGGGGAUUUGUCCUUCCUUGAGGACCCUGUGUUCUGUAGGUGAUACAGUGUGGUGGGUUAGUUGCUGAAUUUGCCUAUCUUAGAAUAUAGCUGGAAUCUGUUUGGGAGAAAUUAAUGCUUCCUAUAUGAAAUGUUUUCAGGAAGCAGGGUGCUGCACUGGCUAUGUCUUUCUGAGGGCAGUGGCAGCACUCAUCUCUCUGAGCAAGCCAAGCUGUGAUGCAGAGUCAUUUCUUCAUUAGAUCGGCUUUCACAUUCUUUACCUAUGUAUGUGGCACAUGUGUUGAACAUACAUAAUGGCCUUUUUGGUUUUGCAAACUAAUAUAUUUAGCAGUUUUUCUAACAAUUCCUCUCCUUUCCAAAGCAGAUACCAUACAUCCUAACUUAGAUGUGUACAGUCCUUGACAGAAGGUGAAAUGCUGGUCUAGAGAGACUGUUCAGUGCCCAUGUUUAUGCUGUAGUUAUUAUCUCAUUGAAAAGGAUGCAUUGAAGGCACAGGGGUUGGGGGAUAGGCAGGCAGUCCAUGUGAUGCCCCCGUUUCCCUUUAGAUGAUAUCCUGGUGUGUCUAGGCUCCGUGAUACAGCCAUUCCCUUUCAGGGACUGCCUAGGUCUGUACUCUGAUGCUGAUCAUCUGGACCCCAUGAGCAGAGUACUUUCCCUCCUAGACCUGUACUGGGGGGUCUUUUCAAGACUAACUUGUUUAGAGGCUUGUCUAAAUGAACAGUAGCUUGGGAAAGCUACUGAUGUGUAAAGGUUUUGUUUUGUUUUGUUUUGUUUUGUUUUUAAGUUUUAUAUUUUUGAGAUAGAGUCUCACUCUGUAGCCGAAACUAGCUUUGAACUUGUGAUCCUUCUGUCUCAGCCUGUCAGGUACCAGGAUUGCAGGUGUGUACCACCGUGCAUGGCUCCUCCUUUUUAAGUCAAAGUGUUUACGUUUCAUCACUGAAAGUGGUUGGGAUAGAAUAGUUUUAAAGUUUUCUUCCUAGAAAGAAAAAUACUCUUGUUUGCAUAGGUUUUUUUUUUUCAUAGUGUUUGUGAUAGUAGAUGUGUUUUCCAUGAAGAAAUUUAGGAACACUCUCACUCUUUCCCUGUACACACCGUUAGUCAUGAGCUCCACCUGUUUAGAUGAACAAAUAGGAAGCUCCCCACAGCUCAUUGUAGCCGUAUAAUCUGGCAGAAUGUUCACCCGCGGUUCUAGCCUAAGUCUUAGCCCCUGCCUUACGAUGUCUCUGUAUGAGAGAGCAGCUUUAGUUGUAUGCUGACAUGGCUUUGUUAAAGUAGCAUAAGUAUAGCUGAUCUAGCAGAUAUUAAGAACCUAAUUGCACCAGCCCACUGAUGAACCAUUUAGCUAAACCACAGUAUAAUUUUUUUAAAAGCUAAAUGAUAUCUCAGUGCCUUGAAAGUUAAGAACCUUUUGCAAAGUGGACUUAAGGAGGUCUGGGGUUUGGCCAAUGCGCUGGCUUUGUGCACACCACCUGCAGCGAUUCCAGAGCUUAGAGUGGGCUACUGAGACAAGUCUAGCUACUUACGUUUCACAGUUCCAGUUCCAUAGAAAUUAGCCACUAUGACAGAUGACAGCCGCUUUUACAGUCCUUCACCACAUAGGGGCAUUUUCCUCAUCUUCUUUCUUUUUUUCCAAGUAAGUAUGAAAUUAGAAAAAUGUAGUCAAACAAAUUAAAUGCGGGAUUUUAAAGUUGAGUUUUACGUAAACUAGAGAUUCCGGUGUGGACAGUGUUAGUUUAAUAUUGUAGUACAAAGGCAGACACUUUAUGUAACCUUUAGAAAUAUGUUUACCAUCAGGGAUUUAUUUUUACAAUAGAAAUACUAAAUGUACUGUGAAGCUUAAAGACAGGAAGAGUAGACGUUGGAGGGUGAUAUACUCAGACAAAAGUGUGUUUGAUGAAGUACCCGCGGUAUGUGAACACAAUUUCCCCUUCUGUUAAGACUAUAAACUACACUGUAUGAGUAUGUGUAUUGCAUGUUUACAUAAAACAAUUUCAUUUUGAAGGAUUAUUUAAGCUAUGUUUAUAUGUAAUACCUAACAGGUUGUAAAUAUUGUAUACUAUUGAUUUUUAAUUUUAUAUGAGCGAUUUUUUUAUUUCCCAAGUCAUGUACAAAUCUCAUUGUGUAUAUAGUAUAACUCCUGGAGACACAAAUUUUGCAGUGAAUUUUAAGUAUUUUAAUCGCAGUAAGCAUCAGGUUAGCCUCAGAGAUGCUGGUCCUUAUUUUAAAUUAUUUUUCACCACACAUUUUCUUCAAAGGGCAGCAAUAAACAUAUGCAAGUUAUUUUGAUUCUUGAAAGUUGGCCUCAGAAGAUAGGAGUGCAGUUCAAUUCAUUGCUGUAAUGGAAAGAUGCACAACUUACACCAUCUGCGUCUGGUCCCAGGACAACUUCCGAGAUCCAUCUGCACAUGGCUCUCCUCUUUGUAAUAUACAGGGUGAACUGCUGAAAAUACACAGAACAUCUGUUAAAGUGAAUCCAGCACUUCAAUGUCAUUACACAGAAUUUAUUGGAUUAAAGUUUGUAAUAUACAGUAUUUUAAUAAAGUUUCUGUAUUCAAUUUCAUGCACUUAUAUAUAAAUAAACCUGUCUUUAAAAACUUUAUA